AUGGCUUCUCAGCAAUCCACCGACACUCCCCCCGCAGCUCGACCAAGCCCAGACAGACUCUCCUCAUAUUCACAUCAACCAAGCACGACCGCUACAAGUAGAGUUGAACCCCCCAAGAGAGCACAUACUUUCCACUCGCCAUCGCCCUCCGAGAAGCAUGGAGAUGCCGGAGCCAACCCCGAGGCUCCCGAUACAUUCGACACUGCCGAGAAUUCCGACAAUGAAGAGCUCCCUGAGAUCACGCGAGCAUCCAUUGAGCUUGAUGACCUUCCAAUCGAGCUAAUAACCUUGACCGAUAGCUUUGUGGAAUCACUAUCUGCCAAGGUUCACUCCACUCCGCCGAAUAUCGCCAAGCUAUCUCAGCUUUUUCAAGAAUUCUAUAGUCAGGCGUCCUCUCAUAUCGGCACGCAUAUUAGCGCCCUCGCCUCGCGCCAGAGCCGCGAGACCUUUCAGCCUCCGCCAUCAUCGUCCUCUGUUGCUAGCCGCCUUCGAUCAAAAGCAGCUUCGUUAGGCUCCAAAGAUAAACAAAAAGCGGAGAAUGAACAGCAGAUGAUUACGCCCGAAGAGUUAGCAAAUCGAAAGAAAGCAAGGAAAGCUCUGGAGGCAAAACGAAGCUUGCUCGAGGAGGCUGUUGAAAGGAGGUUAUGUGAGGGUAUCUAUGACCGAAUCUAUCGCCAUAGGAGUACACAAGAUGAGGCUCAGGAUGCAAAGCUUAGAUCCAAGACCGCCGCUUUAUCCCUUGUUGGCAUUGGCCCUUCGGAUCUCGGGAUAGACUUGGGUGAAGUGGAACCGCAAACCGAAAAAUCAACGGCCGAAAGGACAGAGGUCAUCCGUGGUCAGCUUGAGUCUGCGAGAAAAGACCUGAUUCGAAUGACCGAGUCAAGAUACCCUCUUGGGAAGUUGAAUCGUCUCAAGGCUGCGCAUAAGAGCAUUGUUGAUACACUUGCUCAAUUUCAUCCUUCUGCUUCCGCAGAUGAAAUUAUGCCAAUGCUUAUUUACACACUCAUCACGCUUCCCCCAGAGCAUCUCCAAGUUAUCAGCGACCUCAAUUUCAUCCAAAACUUCCGGUGGGAGCAAAAGCUGACCGGUGAAGAGGCUUACUGCCUUACAAAUCUCGAGGCCGCCAUCAGCUUCCUGCAAACGGUUGAUCUUGCCACAUUGAGAGAAGACGAGCGUCCAUCAGGGCCGGUAAAGGCCCCUGGGCAACCUGCAACACCUAAAGUGGAAACGUUUCCGCCGGCAUACUCUCAAGGGCUGACGACCUCGCCACAGAGCACAUCUGCAGUCAAUACUGAAAAUGCUACGGCCCCAAAGCCCGAAUCAUCGCCUAGCCUUAAGCCGGCUUCGACUGUUAAGAACCGGAGACUAAGCGACUUGAUUAAUACUCCCACUCAGGCGUUUGGCGCUGCCAGCGAUGCCGUUUUUACCACGGCCGAUCAAGGGCUUAAAACCAUCUCAAACAGCCUAGGCGAGAGCUACAGCUUUCUCCUCGGCAAGCUCAAGGAGCGCCAGGAGGAUCCCAAGGAGCCCAUUGCUGUCCCAAAGACCCUUGACGACGCUCGCAAGCUCGUGAGCACUCCGCCUCCUGAAGAUGAAGACAAUGCCAGUUCCAUUACUGGUGCAGACUCGGAGCAAGCCAAACCCCAGAAUGGGCGAGAUGACCGUGUAUUAAGCAUAAUUGGCGGUCGCCGCGAUCAUAGUACAGACAGCACUCGCAGUGGUCGCAGCGCGAGCUCCUCUAAAAAGGUGCUCUUCGCAGCAGAAGACGCAAAGGCCGGAGCCGCUGCUCCUGCACCAACCCAACCGGCCAUGUUGGACCAAAUGCGAAACUUGGGCAAUACAUUCAACCCCAUGGCACGACUUUCUGGCAUCAGCUUAGUCCGAGGCUUUGGUCGAAGCGUCUCUACUCCUGUGAACACUCCUGCCAAGGACACGAAGGAUGCUCCAAAGGAUACCAAGGACUCGAAAGACGGCGUGAAGCCAACCGAUGGAGGAGACCUGGCAACGGCAUUCCCCGAUAUCGCGGCUGUCCUGCCGCCAAAGGAAAUCCCCAAAAUUGCGCCUCCUAAUAAACGGUUCAUGGAGCUUCAGAAUCCGGGCGAUUUGAGGCUCAGCGAGGUAUUAGAUCUGCUUAAAGAUUAUCGUCGCCUUGCCGGCGCCUUGAAGAAUAUGGGCGCCUUUGAGGAUAAAUAAAGGAAAGGAAGGCAUCGUAGAGAGACGGAUUUCGUAACCUCAUCUGCACCAAUUUCCUAUCUAUUUCCCAACAUUCUGGAUAAAUCUUUCUUUUUCUUUGCCUUUAGUUUAAUAGCUGGAAGUAGAUGGGAAAGUGGCGGAGUAUGUGGCUUCAUUCAUUACACGGCAGCACGGAUAGAGAGCAUCAGGUCUUACAGGCGUCAUAGCGGAAUAAUAAACUGACUUGACCAAG